AUGGAAGGGGAAGAAGAGAACGCCAGGCCGGAGGUUUGCCUCAACAGCUCGUCGGGGGUUCUGCCCAGGGAGGAAGCUCCCUCCUCUUUGAAAAGGCGAAGAGAAAGACAGAUGGAGAACUGCGACGAGAUGCCGCGAGCUUCUUCUCCAAGUGUGUCUCCGCGGUUGACGGCGGCCAUGGUGGUCGCAGGCGAAGCGGGCGGCGCCUUGGCUGGACAACAGAAGCAGUCCGUACGCAAAAAGGCGAGGGAUGAAAUUCGUUUGCCUUCCUCUCCAACGUCUAGCACGCAUGAGUGUCCGAGUUCGUCAGCUUCUUCCCCAUACAGCUCUUCGCGUCCCUCCUUUCCCUCGUCUUCGUCAGUGUCUUCUUCCCCCUCUCCAAGUUGCACACCGUCUGGCACUCCCAUUGAGGCGCCUACUCCGCCUUCGUCUCCGCAUUGUCCGCCUUCGCAAGCCUGCGAGUCCUCUUUCUCUGCUUCCCCUUCUCAUGCGGCGUCGUCGUCUGUUUUGGGAGCUCCUGAGGCAUCCGCUGCGUCUCGUUCCUCAGGCCUUCCUCCGGAUACAAGAGGGGAGAGGCGAGACGGCUGUUUACCAAGCGUAGCGCCAAAGACACGCCGAUUUCGUGCUAUGUUUUUUGACUUUGGUUUGGAUCUGCUGCUCGACUCGGCGCUGAAAAGCCCAGCAUCAAGCCAAGAGAAUCAGAAUCCAGACGAGCGGGGAGAGGGGCCCAGAGACUGCAGCCGCAGCUCUCGUUCGUCUCCUCUCGCGCUUUCCGCUGCGAGACGGGCUCCUGACGAGGGUUCCGCAUGCAGGGAACAUACUAUUUUCGAUGCUUCGCAGACCUCUUCUUUGCAGGAAUCCCGUGACACCUCGUCGUCCGCGCAGUCCGCCUCUGCAUCGCCGCGGCGGUCGGCCCUCAAUGCCUCACAGUCGCUUCGGCUCAUUCAGCACCAGCUCCCGCGGCUCCUGUCGAACAUGCGAGCGCCAGACGACGAGGUGGAAAGAGCGGCGCUGCGCUUGCGAGAGAAUGCGGACGAGAGUGAGGCCUGCCAGCUCCUCUCACGAGACAAAGUGCGGUGCGAGAAGACGGGACCGGCGCGUUCGACUCCCUUGUCGCGGUCCUUCGCUGGCGGCGCGCGAGGCGAGGCACCGCCGCGCGCAGAGGAGAAUGGCAAUGACAGCGGACUCGGUCAGUGGACAGGCGAAGAAAGGACGAUGCAGACAACGGGGGCAGAUGGAAACGGCGAACGAGGAGACGACGACACGAGUUCGUGCGCGCUGUCGAAAUGGGGCAUGCGAGAGGAGCGGGAAGGGUACAGUCAGAUGAGCGCCAGUGGAGUCGAAGAGAGCGCGUCUCAAGUCAACUUUGAGGUCUUUUCCCAGUUACUCUCUUCGGUCAGUCAGCCCGUGACUGAGGGCCGGCUUGCAGAAGGAGCAGCAACGGAUCACGACGCUGGAUGA